CGGAAGCUCCCCCCCACGCUAAGAGGACAGGAGGCAGAGCCCAGGACGUGCAAGACGAGGCAGAGCUGCUGGGACACUCUGGAGGGCUUUUUAUUUAGAGCCUGUGUGCGAAAGGGAAGACAGAGCAGGACUGAUCAGUGGCGUUUCAGCUGGAAAACCACAAAAAUACUCCCUCCUUUUUCUCUUCCUCUCUCUCCCUCUCUGCACAUUAAAUAAACCAGACUGCUCUGUCAUGGGCGUGAAGAUGCUGCAGUGCUUCCCUUUCUACCGACGCUGCAAAGAGCGCUGCAAGAGCAGGGAGGCCCCCCCAGCAGCAGUUCCCACAGAGGAGACGAAGCCUCGUCUGUGCUCCACCACGUCCUGGAGCAGCGACAGCGAAGGAGCGGGGAGCCUCAGCCGGGGCUCCCAGAUCUAUUUCUCCACCAAGGCCCGGCUUUCCUUCAGGCACCAGCUGGACAGCAACAUCAACGCCGUGGACGCCACCUACUGAGCGCAGAGGAGCCAAACAGACUCCGUCACACGUUCCCAAAAAAGGCCGGCCUCUUCAGCCGUGCGCCGCGCUUCGCCCCGGUCUCCUGUGCCUGCCGCAUACUUGAUGUUUGAACGGUUUCAAAAAGUGGGAGGGAAACGGACUGAUGUGGUCAGCUUAACUCUGAGAGGAGAGGACUCGCUGUGUGUGGACGGACAGACGGAAGAGAGAAAGAGCAGAAGAAUGUUGUUUACAGCUUUCUUCACCAACAAGUGCAUUACCAUUUUUAUUUUUUAUUUUGCAAGUUUUCUAUUCUGCUCUUUUUGUUUUCACAUUCAUGAAGGGGGGAAAAUGCAUGUUUUCUCUUUGUUCACCAGACAACGGCUGAUUUUAAAUUAGUCUAUGCUCCAACAGAACCUCACAAAGGGUAUUUUUACUUCAUGAGUAAUUCACUCUGAAUCACAGCACUGUUACCUUUUUUUCCCAGUAGUAGUUUAACCUUCUACAUCCAAGACCUUACAGUGAUUUACUAAAAAAAAAUAAAAAGUGCUUCUUUAUUUUUAUUUUUUUGGAACAGCAGACGAUAACCCUAGAGAUGAUGUUUGAAAACUUGCACCGCCACUGUUUCGUGUAGUUUUAAAAAAGGAUGACGUAAACUGAGCCACACUUCAACCUUUAUGUGUUUCUGCUGUGAUUUAACUUUCACCCCUUUAAACGUUUUUUUUUGUAAUAAAAAUGCUUUGAUACUAAGGUUGUUUAACGUACUUACCUACAAUAAACUGAGAUUAUACCAGGUGAUAAUUCCCUUACCUAAAAUAUUCCCAUCUGUAGUGUUCUAACAACCACAUUUAUAAUAAAAUGUCGCUCUUUUUUUAUAUCA